AAAAGAAAUUAAAAAAAAAAUGAAACCCCAUUUUAGGACCUACAAUAAUAUUCCAAACAGGAAGUCCUAGAGAGAGAGAGAGAGUGAAAGGAAAGAACUUUCAGGAAUUUUCUCUCUCUAGAACUCGCCUUUCUGUGUUUGUUUCCCUAGAAAAAAAAACCCCAAAAUUUCCCCCGAUUCAAGAUUUGUGUUUUCUUCUUCAAAUUGAAUCCGAAUCUUUUAUAAAAUUUCUCUUUUGGGUUUUCAAGUGAUGUCUUUAUUGCCAAAGAGCGAUUCAAUUCAUAUCCGUGAGGUAUGGGAUGAUAACGUUGAGGAAGAAUUUGCUUUGAUUCGUGAAAUAGUUGAUGAUUAUCCUUAUGUUGCCAUGGAUACUGAAUUCCCAGGCAUUGUAUUACGUCCCGUAGGUUAUUUCAAAAGCAGUUAUGAUUAUCACUAUCAAACUUUGAAAGACAAUGUUGAUAUGUUAAAACUUGUUCAAUUAGGUCUUACUUUCUCAGAUGAGAAAGGGAACUUACCUACAUGUGGAACUGAUAAAUACUGCAUUUGGCAAUUCAAUUUCCGCGAAUUUAACGUCAACGAAGAUGUGUUCGCUAAUGAUUCUAUCGAGCUUUUAAGACAAAGUGGGAUUGAUUUCAAGAAAAACAAUGAAAAGGGUAUUGAUGCAAUGAGAUUUGGUGAACUUUUAAUGUCAUCAGGGAUUGUUUUGAAUGACAAUGUGCAUUGGGUUACUUUCCAUAGUGGUUACGAUUUCGGGUAUUUGCUUAAGCUCUUAACUUGCCAGAAUUUGCCAGAUACACAAGUUGGAUUCUUUAGUUUGAUAAACAUUUACUUUCCCACUUUGUAUGAUAUCAAACAUUUGAUGAAGUUUUGCAAUAGUUUGCACGGUGGAUUGAAUAAGCUCGCGGAGUUAUUGGAAGUGGAAAGAGUUGGGAUUUGUCAUCAAGCAGGUUCAGAUAGUUUGCUCACGGCUUGUACAUUCAGGAAACUGAAGGAGAAUUUCUUUAGUGGUUCGUUGGAAAAGUAUUCCGGUGUGUUAUAUGGUUUAGGUGUUGAGAAUGGACAGAGUACGUAUUGAGAAUGAAAAAAAAGUAAUAGAAACUAAAGAAAAAAGGUUUUGUUUGUCGGUACGAGUGUGUGCGAUGUAUCCCCGCACUUCAAUGUAUGCUUUGGCCAAACAAUUUUCGUAAUUUUUAUCAAUAUUUCUUAUGUUUA